AUGAGUAUAAAAGCAUUUUAUCUUUGUUAUAUUACUAGAAUAUUUGGUAUUUCCUUUUUUUCCCUUUUUUUUUUGGGUUUUUUAAGCGUUUAUACACAACAUUUAUCUUUAAUUAAAGAUCCACAUUGGCAUGAGUUUAAAAAAGCAUUUUUUUUGCUAAAUAAUCAAUGUUUUCCUUGUGAAUAUAGAGAUGUUUUGGAAAAGUCUUUUUUUGUCUCUAAAAAAGAAGAAUUGGAUGUAAAAUUGAAGAAUUUUGAAUAUUGUUCAGAAUUAUCUUUUGAAGAAUCGAAGAAACAAGCAGUUGGAGAAAUUAUAGAUGAAAAUCAUGAGAUUCUAUUAGAAAAGGAACAUAAGAAUAAUAUGGUUCAUAAUGAAACAUUGUUAUAUGAUUUUAAAGAAAGAAAAGAUCAAAUUGAAGAUGAUAACGAUACAAAAAAAGUUAAAGAUUAUGUUUUUACUAAGGAAGAUAUUCCAGAGAAAUUUAAAUUUUAUGAUUAUUUAAGUGAAUCUCUUAAAGAACGAUUUAAUUAUGCAUCAGUUGAUUGUGCAGCGAAUGUUUUAAGAGCAAAUGUAGAAGCAAAGGGUAUAUCGUCAAUACUAUCCUCAGACAAUGAUUUUUAUAUGUUAAAUAAAUGUUCAGCUGCUAAUAAAUUUGUGAUUGUUGAGCUUUGUAAUGAUAUUCUUAUUGAUACUAUUGUAUUAGGGAAUUUGGAGUUUUUUUCUUCAACUUUUAAAGAUUUUCGUGUUUCUGUUUCAGAUCGAUAUCCUAUUAAAGAAACUCAGUGGAAGGAAUUGGGUAUAUUUACAGCUACGAAUAUAAAAGAUGUUCAAACAUUUAUGAUUUCUAAUCCUUUAAUAUGGUCAAAGUAUUUGCGUAUAGAUUUUUUAACACAUUAUGGUGAUGAAUUUUAUUGUCCAGUUACUCUUUUAAGGGUUCAUGGUACAACAAUGAUUGAGGAGCUUAAAUAUGAGGAAAGCGAGCUCAAAGAAAGUGUUAAAUUCAAUGAUAAAACUGUUCUUGAGGCUCAGGAUUUAAAACAAUUACCCAAUGAUGUCUUAAAUUUUAAUAAACGCUCUACUGAAAAUCAUAAAAUUAAUUUCGAUGGUGAAAAAACUCACGAAAUUUCACCUUUACAUACUGAAUGUUUUAUAAAUGCAUCAAUAGUUACUAAUUUAUGUAAUGAUAUUUUUGUUCAAGAUAUAAAUCGUUAUAGAGAUUCUGAUUCUUCGUUUUUUUCUUCUAGAUCAAAAUCGCCUUAUCUAAAUGGAAAUCACUAUUGGAUAUCAGCUUUUUUUAUAAAAAAUCCUAUUUGUUCAUCUUUAGAUAAUUUUUCUUCUAGCACAUUUUAUUUGAAUUUUACUGAAAAAAAGAUAAUGGAUAACCAAACAACACAGAAUACAACACAAUCUUCAUUUUACAAUAUAGAAAACUUAGGAAUGCAAGAAAAUAUAUAUAAAACUAUUAGUAAAAGGUUAUCUUUUUUGGAAAUGAAUACUUCUCUUUAUUUGCAAUAUAUUGAACAACAAUCAAAAAUGUUAAAAAAUACGUUUAUUAAAAUGGAAAAAAUGCAGGAUAAUAAAAUAGAUUUUGUUAUACAAACGCUAAAUUCUACUGUAUUUUCUCGAUUAAAUAUAUUGAAGCAUCAAUACGAGGAAUUAUGGCAAAAUAUUCUUUCAAAGAUCGAAUAUGAAAGAAAUAAGUCAAAAAAAGAUGUAGAUAUGGUUGCCUCUAAAUUAGAGUAUUUGUCUAAUGAGAUUUUGAUUCAAAGAUGGAUUAUUGUUUUUCAAUUCUUAAUUUUAUUUACGAUUUUUAUUCUUUUUAUUUUCAAAUUUUCUUCAUAAUAAAACCUAUUUUUGUAA